AUGUUGUAUUUCGGUUUUAGAUCUAUCAUUUUUGUUUUAUUGGCCGCCUACAUAGGCGCGCUUUCGGUCUUCGGAGAUGCUAAGUCAUUGAGCGCUUCGCAGCCGAACAUAAAGACGCAAUCACAUUGUCCUAAGGAUGCGGAAUGUGCUUAUACCGGAGGACGUGUUGGGAACCAUAUCCACCUUGGAACUUUUAACAACAAGAGAGAUAAUGAGCCUUUAGUGAUCAAAGUGCGCAGGAGUAAACUCUACGAACCUAUGGUAUAUGCUGUUACCGCAUUGAGCAAGAUAUCGACUGGUAACCAGUGGAUGUGCGUGGGAAUUUUGAACUCGAAGGAGCUCCGGCGGGUGAAGCAAGGGUAUCCAGAAUACUAUAACAAAAUCUUAACUGAAGAGUAUAUGGAAAAAGUAACGAUGUUAGGGCAGCAUGCGCAUGAAAUCCACGUAAAUCCGUUUAUGGUGCUAAAUGCCAUAGAUACAGAGGAUGAGCUUCCCGUUAGAGACGCCUUUGCACCCCUCGAUAUCGGUAGCAUUGAGGCUCCAAGUCGCAAUAGCGUUGAGCUUCCCGACCACGAUGGUAUUGAGCUUCCCGACCGUGAUACUGUUGAGUUUUUCGACAGCGAUGAUACAGAUGCCCAGUCCGAUACUACAUUGAGUGGAGAUUUCAGUGUAGGGGACGAAGAGUUGGAUGGCCUGUCCGAUACCACUCCGGGCGACGCUGACGAGUCCGAGAUCACUCCGUACAACGUUGAUGUGCUAGAGAACGAUGAGGUCAAUGCUCAGUCUAAGACCACUCCGGAUGACGCUGACGUUCCAGAGAACAAUGAAGUCGUUAUCCCAUCUAAGACAACUCCGGUUGACGCUGUGAUUCCAGAGGGCGAUAAGGCCGUUACCCCGUCCAAGACCCCGUCUGUGGGAGAGCCAGAAAUUUCCAAGGCAACCUUGUCCAUAACACCAACCGUAAGGGAGGGCAAAUACUACGUGGUGUUCGCUUACGGAUCGCCAUUUAGGGGCCCUAAGAUGGUGUGCUUCAAGGAGGUGAUCGUGAAGGUGCUGCCAUAG